AUGGAUCAGGCUUAUACACCUCUUCGCAUUCAAGCAAGCGCUCUUGGCGUUCUUCAAGAAUAUGCUGAGUCUCUCUUAGUAAGAAUCUUUACCUCGGCCAACCUUUUGGCCAUCUACGCUAAGCGCGUUACACUCCAAGGCAAAGAUAUAGAGUGUCUUCGCUCGCUUCUCAAGGAGUGGGGUGUUUGGCCUGACGAUUUCGUAGUCUGCCCUUACAAUUCUGGUCCUGUCAAUCCCAAUUUCAUCUACACAGAGCCAAAGAAGAACAAGGCUACCAAGGCGCUGAAAGCAAAGGCUACGCCAAAAUGCAAGCCUCUCCCAACUAAGCAGCCUCGACGAAUCGUUGAAGACGAUUCUGACGAGGAUAUGCCAGACGCUACUCAGAAUCCGACUGUAGAAAACAAUAAUGGCGAGGAUACCACUGCUCAGCAGGCAACUCUUAAUAAUAAGCAGGACGAUGAUAAGCAGGAUGAAGAUAAGCAGGAACAAGAUGAGCAAGAUCAAGAUGUCCGAGAUCAAGAUGUCCAAGGUCGAGACUUUCAAGCUAGUUAUGAUCAAGAAGAGCUAGAUGAUGAUUCUAGCGAUGAUGAGCAAACUCUUAAGCAGAGGCUAGAAGCCUAUGCUAAUGAGCUGGUAGCGGCAGCUUACGCGCUUACUGUUGCGAAAGAGCGUUCAGAAGAUAGCUUACGCCUUGCUCAGGAAACUCUCGAGGGAGACGCAAAGAAAAUUGCGCGUCAGUUUCAUCGUUAG